UAAACAAUCUAACUAGGAAUUUUGAUAAAAAGUAAUACAGUGUCUCACAGCAGAACAGGUCGAGAUCGAGUAGGUCGAACAGGUCGAGCGAAUUGUGAGUCCUAGCUGGACCAAGAUGAAAAAGAUGAGCACAUCCGCUGAAGCGUAUGGAACGCUGUAUGCGGUUAGUACAAAUGCGAAAAUGGAUUCUGAAGACUGUGUGGCAAUUACGCCUUGCGGAGGAUUGAUUAUGAGUUUACACCGUGAAACGGCAGAGAAGUUACAGGGCAAUUUCAAUAUCAAUGUGUGGUCGCAAAAUCGAGAAAAAUGUGUUCAUCAGUUCCAGUUCCAUACGAAUCUAAGGGUCCUGGAAUCCAUCUUAUUCCUGCGUUUGUGUUUUCGCAAUCUAUUGGUAUGUUGUAAUUGUUUCUUUGAUGCAGUUUUGUGUAUGAGCGUGUUUUACAAUUUUGCAGCCAAGCCUGUCAGUGAAAAUAAUUGGGUUACUUAUUUUUUCAUACUGUAUUAUUUGUAGCUGUAAGUUCUCACGUUGAAUUCUCGGUAUCACCAA